UGCACAUCCAUUGAAUCCCUCCUUCACCUUUGUCAAUUUCUGAGCUUGCAUUAGAACGCCUCGUUGUUUCCCACGCUUGGAAAGAAGUUAACAGGCUUUAUUUGAGGUUCGGAAGAGAGAGGGCACCUACAGAAGAGAAAAUAAUAGAAGCUUAAUCUUUUUGGAUUUCCCUGCAAGUCGAGUGGGACCCGCCAAAUUGACGGGGAAGAGCAGUGACCGCGACCCAUCUGGAAUCGGAAAGGCUACCGCAGCGACUGUUACAAUCAGGCGCGCAACAUUGUUGCAGUGUGACUGCUCGAGCGCGAACAAGGGAAUAACACACAUCUAGCAAUGGUUUACAUGAGAGCAUUUUAUCAGACUUUUAUAUUAUUGUAAACGUAAACUUCGAAUUAAAUCCCGGGUGUUUAACAGGAAGGAAUACAAUAUAUUUUCUAAAAGAAUAAAGUAUGCCGGACCAAAUUACAGUGUCCGAGUUCAUGGCGGAGACAAAUGAAGAUUAUAAAGCGCCAACUGCAUCAAACUUCACCACUAGAAUGUCCCACUGUAGGAAUACCGUGACUGCUUUGGAGGAGGCGCUGGAUGUGGACCGCAGUGUGCUGUACAAGAUGAAGAAGUCAGUCAAGGCCAUCUACACCUCAGGUCUGGCCCAUGUGGAGAAUGAGGAGCAGUACACCCAGGCCCUCGAGAAGUUUGGGGAGAACUGUGUCUACAGGGAUGACCCCGACCUGGGCUCUGCCUUCCUGAAGUUUUCUGUCUUCACCAAGGAGCUCACCGCCCUCUUCAAAAACCUGUUCCAGAACAUGAACAACAUCAUCACCUUCCCUCUGGACAGCCUGCUGAAAGGAGACCUGAAAGGAGUCAAAGGGGACCUGAAAAAGCCUUUUGAUAAGGCCUGGAAAGACUACGAAACGAAAGUCACUAAGAUCGAGAAGGAGAAAAAGGAGCAUGCGCGGCAGCACGGCAUGAUCCGCACUGAGAUCAGCGGGGCAGAGAUAGCAGAGGAGAUGGAGAAGGAGAGGAGGUUCUUCCAGCUGCAGAUGUGUGAGUAUCUUCUUAAAGUGAAUGAGAUCAAGAUCAAGAAAGGGGUGGACCUACUCCAGAAUCUCAUCAAAUAUUUCCAUGCACAGUGCAAUUUCUUUCAGGAUGGACUGAAAGCAGUAGACAACCUCAAACCCUCCAUAGAGAAGCUCGCCACAGACUUACACACGAUAAAGCAGGCCCAGGACGAGGAGAGGAAGCAACUCACUCAGCUACGGGACGUCCUCAAGUCAGCGCUGCAGGUGGAGCAGAAGGAGUCUAGGAGAGAGUCCCAGGUGAGACAGAGCGCCACCUACAGUUUGCACCAGCCUCAGGGCAACAAGGAGCAUGGUACCGAGCGCUGUGGGAACCUCUACAAGAAGAGUGACGGGUUAAGGAAAGUGUGGCAGAAGAGAAAGUGUUCAGUGAAGAACGGAUACCUUACCAUAUCACAUGGGACGACAAAUCGACCGCCGGCAAAACUCAACCUCCUCACCUGCCAGGUGAAACACAACCCAGAGGAGAAGAAGAGCUUUGACCUCAUCUCACAUGACAGAACGUAUCACUUUCAGACUGAGGACGACUCAGAAUGUCAGAUAUGGAUCUCUGUGCUGCAGAACAGUAAGGAGGAAGCGUUGAAUAAUGCUUUUAAGGGAGACCAGCACGUUGGGGAGAACAACAUCGUCCAGGAGCUGACCAAGGCCAUCCUGGGAGAGGUCAAGAGGAUGACCGGCAACGAUGUCUGCUGUGACUGCAGAGCGCCCAACCCCACGUGGCUCUCCACUAACCUGGGCAUCCUGACGUGUAUAGAGUGUUCUGGGAUCCACAGGGAGUUGGGAGUCCACUACUCCAGGAUCCAGUCCCUCACGCUGGACGUCCUCAGCACCUCUGAACUCUUGCUGGCCAAGAACGUGGGGAAUGCAGGCUUUAAUGACAUCAUGGAGGCGUGUCUUUCUGCGGAAGAUGUGGUCAAACCCAACCCUGCCAGUGACAUGCAAGCCCGUAAGGACUUCAUCACAGCCAAGUACACAGAGAAGCGUUUUGCCAGAAGGAAGUGUCCAGACGGGGUGUCCAAGCUGCAUACGCUCUGUGACGCAGUCAAGUCCCGGGACAUCUUCUCUCUGAUCCAGGUGUAUGCUGAGGGAGUGGACCUGAUGGAGCCCAUCCCCCUGGCCAACGGACACGAACACGGUGAAACGGCCCUUCACUUAGCGGUCAGAUUAGUGGACAGGACCUCGCUCCAUAUCGUCGACUUCCUCACUCAAAACAGUGUGAACCUGGACAAACAGACAGCCAAAGGCAGUACAGCCUUACACUACUGCUGCCUGACUGACAACAUGGAGUGCCUCAAACUGCUCCUGCGCGGCAAGGCCUCCAUUGACAUAGCUAGUGAGUCUGGGGAGACGCCGCUGGACAUCGCUAAGAGACUGAAGCACCUGCAGUGUGAGGAGCUGCUGAACAUGGCGCUGGCGGGGAAGUUCAACGCCCAUGUGCACGUAGAGUAUGAAUGGCGUCUGCACCAUGAAGACAUGGACGAGAGUGAUGAGGACCUGGAUGACAAGGUGAGGCCCAGCCCCCAUCGGAGAGAGGAGCGCCCUGCCAGCUGCUACACCCCUGGCUCCAACUCCCACCUCCAGCCCAGCCCGGCUUCCCUGGCACGGGACAAGCAGCGUGGUGGGUACAUGCCCAACCUAGUCACCAACGAGACCUAUGGUGCCAUCCUCAACGCCAGCCCUCCUGCGCCAGGGGGGCCCGCCACCACCUCUGCACCCCCUCUGCCUCCACGAAACAUAGUCCAGAUGCCAGGUCUGUGUGGGAUGGUCCAGUCAUCAAGGUCCUCUGGGUGGAAGCCUGGCACGAUAGACCUGGGGGGCCGACAGAGGUCCUCCUCAGACCCACCCAACAUGCACCUCCCGGUACCCCCCAUGCGGGUCACCUCAACCACUGGUCUUGCUCCUCCCCCCGUGGCCAAGACAGUGAGUGUGAUGGAGGCUAUGAACCAGCAGUCUAAACCAGGGACCGGACAUGGCCACAGCAGAGCCCCACCACCCAAGUCUCCAUCUGGCAACGCCAAAAGCUUCAGCAAAGGACCGACUCGAACGGGGUCCAUCGAAAGACCAGCUAAGGAAGUGCCGGGAUGCCCCCAGAACUCGAUAGGUCAAUCACUGCCUCCGGCCCCCAUGCCUAGGAAGACCUAUCCGAAGCAGAGGCCCAAGCGAGUAAAGGCCAUCUAUAACUGUCUGGCAGACAACCCAGACGAGCUGACCUUCUCUGAGGGGGAGGUGAUUGUGGUGGAUGGGGAGGAGGACCAGGAGUGGUGGCUGGGCCACAUUGAAGGAGAACCAAUGAGGAGGGGGGCUUUCCCCGUCACAUUCAUACACUUCAUCAUGGACUGAAGGUCAAAGGUCAACACAGGCACUGAUCUGGGAUGGAAACCUCCACCUCCCCACGUCUGCUGGUUUGUGGGACGAAAUCAUCAUGUUCAUCAUCAAGCUUGUGCCUGCGCUACAGAAGAAUCAAGUGUCGCUGCCCAAUGCUUUGGCUGGACAGUCUGGGGGUUGCCAUGACAACAUGCACACCCUUCACUCCGGGAAUGUUACAUGACGUCAUAUCACUGCUCUUUAGACCAAGCCCGCAAAUGCUCAUGAGGAAACUGUGUUUAGACUUCUGACACCAUCUGACAUUUUAAAAAACAAUGAUUGUAAUGAGUGUUCACAACAUUAAGAGGAUUAUUGACAAAAUGAAGGUUCUGUUCAUAAGUUUCACUUGGUUUUCCUCUGUGUGAAUUGUACAGAAAGUUAUUUAAAAACAACUGAGAGAGGGGACUACACACAGUAAUGUGGAUCUUUAGGAUUUCUUUCACUUAUCGUUAAUGUGAAUAUAGUUGUUAUGCUUACAUUCCAUCUCCUUGCAUGGUUAAAGGGUGAACAAUUUCUUAAACGCAUAAUUGCUUAUUAGUCAAAGACAUGUAAACUUUUUAGGACUUCCAAUGUGGGAGGAAAAACUUAAUUCAAAAUGGUGCUAACCCAGGAAUAUGCUAAGAGCCCUCACGUAGGGAUGAUCCACUGUCCCCAUCUCAAGACAGCCUGUAACGCGUUAACAACGGGGGGUUGAUGUGGGACAGCCUGUAACAUGGUAAGAACAGGGGCUUGACGUGGGACAGCCUGUAACGCGUUAACAACGGGGGGUUGAUGUGGGACAGCCUGUAACAUGGUAAGAACAGGGGCUUGACGUGGGACAGCCUGUAACGUGGUAACAACGGGGGGUUGAUGUGGGACAGCCUGUAACGUGGUAACAACGGGGGGGUGAUGUGGGACAGCCUGUAACGUGGUAACAAUGGGGGGUUGAUGUGGGACAGCCUGUAACAUGGUAAGAACAGGGGCUUGACGUGGGACAGCCUGUAACGUGGUAACAACGGGGGGUUGAUGUGGGACAGCCUGUAACGUGGUAACAACGGGGGGUUGAUGUGGGACAGCCUGUAACGUGGUAACCUCGGGGGGUUGAUGUGGGACAGCCUGUAACAUGGUAACA